CCACGGAUGACAGCUGUCUCGUGCCCGCCAAUAGGGAGGCAGCAGCAGAUACGGCCACCCAAUAAGGACGUCUGGACUCCCCCCUCUGAGAUGCGGGGCGACAUAGCGCGUGCGCUGCUCUACAUGGCUGUCAGAUACGACGGCUCUGUGCCUGGCGAAUUGGACCUCGAGCUCUCUGACAACCCCAAAAUCGCUGAGGGCCAAAUGGGUCUGCUGUCCCCUCUCCUCAAGUGGCACUCUGUCGACCCGCCGUCCUCCCUGGAGGCCACGCGCAACAACCGGGUGUGUUCGCUCUACCAGCACAACCGCAAUCCCUUCGUCGACCACCCUGAGUUCGUCCCCCUCAUCUGGGCGCCGUGCCAGCCUCGGUACCAGCUGUAGGCUCGGGAGCAGCCUUGGGUGCAGGCUCGGGGACCGGCUUCAGCCUGCCAGGAGCAGCGCCGCCAGUGGCAGCGCCAGUGGGGGGAGGCUCGGGAGCGGCAGCAGGCGGGGCAGGGGGGGUUGCUGCACCGCGUGUGCCUGGGGGGCAGGCCAAGGCGUGGUUCAAUGAGAUCCACUACAGCAACGAAGGGCCCGACAAGAACGAGUUUAUCGAGGUGGUUGUGAGUCCAGGGGUGGACCCCUCAACCCUCUCCAUCUACCUCUAUAACGGGGCCAAUGGGAAGACCUAUGGCAAGCUUCCUCUCAGCAAGUUCAGCCUCCCCUCCGACCAACAUCAAUGGCUUUGUGGGUGUAUGGCAACAUGUACGCUCAAGGCGGCUUGCAGAACGGACCGUCCGACGGCAUGGCACUUGUAUCGCAGCCGACGAAUGGCGCUGCCACGGUGAUCCAGUUCUUAUCAUAUGACGGCGAGCUGGUUGCUGUGGACGGGCCCCGGCGAAGGGGUUCAAGUCAACGGAUAUUGGAGUGAAGGAGACAGACAAUUCCCCGCAGAGAGUGCUCUUGGGCUUACUGGAGUGGGGAAGAAGUAUGAAGACUUCAAGUGGUCCAAGUUCAACAAGAAUGCUACUCCUGGGCGGAUCAAUGUUAGCCAAACCAUUGGCCAACUAUUGAAUGGGUUGAUUGCAGCCCACAUAUUUAUUGAUGCAACACAAUUUUUGACUGCCGGAGUGGUGCAGGGUAUAUGUCCGAGGCUAUUGAAGUGUUAAUAGAAUUGGUGGAUAUGUGUGGAGUAUGUUACGUGGUGCACAGAAUAACAUUUGUUUGCCACAAGAUUGAAUGGAAGUAUCACUGUGUA